UGGAUCGCACCAACUGCCGCCAUCUUUCACCUUUUCUUUGACAGAAGCAACCCUGUCACCUGUUGACUAUUCAAUCGCCGUCUAAAAGCACUUGGUCCCUUCUCUCUCGCAGCUGCGCAAGAACGCCAAACUCCUGCAUCCUUGAUCGCUGCCAGCACCGACUUCAGCCUAGGCCUGAAGUCAAAUAUGUCUCAAUCCCAGGCGUUGCCCUCAAUUGCGUCGCUGACACACAGCUUGUCUCCAUCUGAGCAAUCGCAAAUGAUGCACCGGCAACACACUGACGUCCAUCACCGGGACUCUGGGACCUGGUCAAUCUCCCAGACGCAGAGCAAGCAUUCUUCUGGUGUCUCUAAUACCACUGGUCUUCAACUUCAAACCAUUCUCAACGCCGAGGAUUCGCCUUCACGCAACUCGAUAGCUAUUCCGGAAACGCCGCACUCAGGAAGGCAUCUAUCGCAGCAGUCGACUGCGCUGCCAUCAUUCAACCAUGCAUUCGAGAACCGGCAGAGCCUCGAUGCUGGUGCACCUUACUUGGAGUCGCGGCGAAGCAGCGUCGAUAGCCGCAUGAACGCCGGCAUGAACCAGCUGGCUCUCAAUCCUUCUUCUCCAUAUGAGAGUCAAAACACUUCUCGUGUGUCCCUCGUGUCAAAUUUACAGCAGCAGCGAGGCAUCACGAGUGAUCACCGAUCGAGCACUGGUGCGCCCAUGUCCCCAUUGGGUCCAAGGAGUUCUGUGCGAUCCAAUCAGGCGCCUCGGCGAGCGCCCGUGAUCAAUCCGAACCCGCGCAGUGUAUCCGGGAUGCCCGAUCCUAUGGCGGCAGCCCCCACUAAGGGUUUCCCGUGGGCCUUCCCGGAUCACACGGAUCCGGAUGAGCGCAGAGGUUCAAGCAGCGGGGACUCUAGUGUGGAGAGAUCGACGAGAUCGAUUCCCUCGAGGCAGAACAGUUUCGCCACGUCGAUCAACAGCAGUAUCUUCACUGUGGAAUCCGCCUUGCCUGCCGGACAAAAAAGAUUUGAUGAUGAUAUUGCACAUACUCACCACCAUUCGAUGCAACAUCGUAAUGUGACCAACCUCCAGAAUGAACACACGUCUCCGGCCGGUACUGGCAACUACAGCCGGACACCCGAGUUACGUGUCAGCCAUAAAAUGGCCGAGAGGAAGAGGAGGAGUGAAAUGAAGCAGCUUUUCGACGAGUUGAACGGAAUAUUGCCCAACUCACCGGGCAACAAGUCGAGCAAAUGGGAAAUUUUGACAAAGUCCAUUGAGUACAUUCGGCGGAUGCAGAGAGACUACGAAAGGAUGCAGACGGAGACAUCCCGUAUGCGGCAUGAAUCCGCGGCUUCCAUGAACUCCCGAUCUGAGGAGAUCGCCCGAGAAAAUGCGGAACUCCGACACGAGCUUCACGCGACCUGGGCACAGCUUCGCCAAAUGGAUCCAAGUCACCCACACGUGUACGGCACGAUGACCGGUUAUCUCGCAGCCCAGCAACAGCAGCAGCAGCAGCAACAGCAGCAGCAGCAGCAACAACAACAGCAGCAACAGCAAGCGCAAGCCGGUCCCGGUCAACCAAACGUCCUGCCUCCGCUGCAACCCAUAAACUCACAGUGGCCGCAGGGAGCACCGCCUGGAGCGCAAGCGUCCGCCAUGCAAGGCGUAGAAUUCGCUGGCGGAAGGCAAUAUCGAUGAGCACAUAACAGCAUUGCAGCUGACCAAGCUGCCUUUUCUUCUUCCCAUUCAACUCUUUACGGCAUCAUGCUAUGAUACGUUUACUCGGCGAUAUCCUCCGGCUGCAC